AUGGCUCCUGCUACUGUAGAGGAGUCACAGCCCCCUGCAUCCAAAAAUUCCCUAGCUGCGGUGACAGAGACAUAUGAUGACACGCUCCGGUUCUAUCUAAACGGCACAAAGGUUACCCUAGACUUGGUAGACCCUGAGGCAACACUUCUGGAGUACCUUCGAGGUAUUGGACUUACUGGCACAAAGCUUGGAUGUGCAGAAGGUGGUUGCGGUGCCUGCACCGUGGUCGUUUCGUACCGCAACCCGACCACCAAGGAGAUAUAUCACGCCUCAGUAAAUGCGUGUUUGGCACCGUUGGUGAGUGUCGACGGGAAGCACGUUAUCACCGUGGAAGGGAUAGGGAGUUCGAAAAAUCCUCACCCAGUCCAACAGCGGAUAGCAGUCGGAAAUGGAAGUCAGUGCGGUUUCUGUACUCCGGGGAUAGUCAUGAGCUUAUAUGCCUUACUAAGGAAUGAACCUACCCCUUCGGAACUUGCGAUUGAAGAAGCGUUCGAUGGUAAUCUUUGCAGAUGUACUGGAUACCGGUCAAUCCUCGACUCGGCGCAGUCAUUCUCCACCCCAUCAUGCGCCAAGGCACGGGCAAAUGGGGGAUUGGGGUGCUGUAAGGAAAACGGCGGAAGCUGUAAUGGCGGUACAAAGAAUAGCAAUGCCGACGGGAUAACUCAAAAAUCUAUUGCAAAAUCAUUCGAUUCUCCAGAAUUUAUCCCAUACAACCCAGAAACAGAACUCAUCUUCCCUCCCCAACUGCACAGACACGAGCUCAAACCCCUAAGUUUUGGGAAUAAGAGGAAACGGUGGUACAGACCCGUAACGCUUCAGCAACUCCUGGAGAUUAAGGAUGCAUACCCAGAGGCCAAAAUUAUAGGAGGGAGUUCUGAGACACAGAUCGAAAUCAAGUUCAAGGCCAAGGAGUACAAACACUCGGUAUACGUUGGUGACAUUCAAGAGUUGAAACAGUAUAAUUUCACUGACGACUAUCUGGACCUUGGAGCCAAUGUUUCACUCACAGACCUGGAAGUGAUCUGUGACCAGGCUCUCCACAGGUAUGGAUCCGCCAAAGCACAGCCAUUUAUUGCCAUCAAAAAGCAGAUACGAUACUUUGCUGGACGCCAAAUACGGAACGUGGCUUCGCCGGCUGGUAACAUAGCCACAGCAUCUCCGAUUUCUGAUCUCAACCCAGUAUUUGUCGCAACUGGUACCAUCCUCUUCGCCAAGUCAUUAAAGGAAGAGGUUCAAAUACCGAUGGGUCAAUUUUUCAAAGGGUACCGAAAGACGGCACUUCCUGAAAAUGCUGUGGUUGAAAAAUUACGUAUUCCUAUUGCUCAAGAGAAAGGAGAAUAUCUACGAGCGUACAAGCAGGCAAAGAGGAAAGACGAUGACAUCGCUAUUGUCAACGCAGCCUUGCGCGUAUCACUUUCUGAUUCGAACGUUGUUACAAGCGCAAAUUUGGUUUAUGGCGGUAUGGCACCAACCACUAUACCUGCAAAGAAUGCGGAAGAAUUCAUUGUCGGAAAAGAUUGGACAGACCCCGCAACAAUUGAAGGGGUAAUGGACGCCCUUGGCCAGGAUUUUGACCUUCCAUCGUCAGUGCCGGGAGGCAUGCCUACUUACCGGAAGACCCUAGCUUUUGGUUUCUUCUACCGGUUUUACCAUGACGUACUCUCAUCCAUCCAAGGUACCCAGGUUCAUUGUGAAGAAGACGCCGUACCAGAGAUUAAACGAGCACUGUCUUCCGGUGUUAAAGAUCAUGAAGCAACAACCGCAUAUUCCCAGAAAAUUGUUGGAAAGGCAACACCUACUGUUUCUGCACUUCUGCAGACCACCGGAGAAGCUCAGUACACUGAUGACAUUCCGGUACAGAAAAACGAACUAUUUGGAUGUCUCGUUCUUUCAAACAAAGCUCGAGCUAAGAUACUAAGCAUUGACUUUACCCCAGCAUUGGAUAUCCCGGGUGUGGUUGACUACGUGAGCGCUAAAGAUCUUCUUAACCCAGAGUCGAAUUGGUGGGGGGCACCAGUCUCGGACGAAGUAUAUUUUGCAGUUGAUGAAGUUAUCACCGAUGGCCAGCCACUUGGAAUGAUUCUUGCAACGUCUGCUAGACUGGCGGAGGCUGGAUCUAGAGCUGUCAAAGUUGAAUAUGAAGCUCUUCCCGCCAUCCUAACUAUUGAACAAGCGAUCGAACAAAACUCGUUCUUCAAGAACAUUACACCAGAGAUUAAGAAAGGAGAUGUCGAAGCAGCCUUUGCUUCGUCAGAUCAUGUCUACAGCGGAGUCACUAGAAUUGGAGGUCAGGAGCACUUCUACCUCGAAACCCAUGCGUGUGCGGUUGUACCAAAGCCAGAAGACGGGGAAAUUGAGGUGUUCAGCAGUACACAAAACCCCGCGGAAGUUCAAGCAUUUGUUGCCAAAGUCACCGGUGUUGCAGAGAAUAAAGUUGUCUGCCGAGUUAAGCGGCUGGGCGGUGGGUUUGGUGGAAAGGAAUCCAGAUCCGUGCAAAUUGCCAGUAUAUGUGCCCUUGGUGCGAAGAAAACCAAGAGACCUGUCCGUUGCAUGCUUAAUCGUGACGAGGAUAUCGCGACCUCUGGACAACGCCAUCCAUUCCUGUGCCACUGGAAAGUUGGCGUGAACAAGGACGGUAAAUUUCAGGCACUUGACGCAGAUGUCUAUGCAAAUGGUGGCCAUUCCCAGGACCUUUCUCUUGGUGUUGUUCAGCGAGCUCUUUCUCACAUUGAUGGAGUUUACAUGAUACCCAACGUCCAUGUUCGUGGAUACCUUUGCCGUACCAAUACCGUUUCAAACACUGCCUUCAGAGGGUUUGGAGGGCCACAGGGCAUGUUCUUUGCCGAAAGUUUUGUCUCCGAGAUUGCAGAUCACUUAAAGAUACCAGUGGAGGAGCUGAGGGAGAUCAACAUGUACAAGGACCAGGAGGAAACUCAUUUCAAUCAGGCACUCACCGAUUGGCAUGUACCGCUAAUGUAUAAGCAGGUCCUUGAGGAAUCAAACUAUUAUGUCCGUCAAAAAGCUGUGGAAGAGUAUAAUAAAACCCACAAAUGGUCGAAGAGGGGAAUUGCCAUAAUACCUACCAAGUUCGGUUUAUCGUUCACAGCCCUGUUCCUGAAUCAAGCCGGGGCAUUAGUACAUAUUUAUCGUGACGGUAGCAUCCUCUUGGCUCAUGGUGGUACCGAAAUGGGUCAGGGCUUGCAUACUAAGAUGGUCAUGAUCGCUGCUGAGGCGCUCAAGGUUCCUCAAUCAAGUGUUUUCAUCUCCGAAACUGCGACGAAUACUGUAGCCAAUUCAUCGCCUACUGCUGCUUCGGCAAGCUCAGACCUCAACGGAUACGCAUUGUUUAAUGCAUGUGAACAACUUAACGAACGGCUUCGCCCAUAUCGAGAAGCGAAUCCCAAUGCCACUAUGAAAGAACUCGCAACUGCAGCAUACUUUGACCGUGUGAACCUUUCCGCACAAGGCUUUUAUAAAACCCCUGAGAUUGGGUAUAAAUGGGGCGAGAACUCAGGCAAGAUGUUCUAUUACUUCACGCAGGGUGUCACUGCUGCAGAAGUUGAGAUAGAUACUUUGACUGGAGACUGGACUCCUUUACGUGCUGAUAUUAAAAUGGAUGUGGGUCAAAGUAUCAAUCCCUCGAUUGACUAUGGUCAGAUAGAAGGUGCAUUCAUUCAGGGGCAAGGCCUAUUUACGACUGAGGAAAGCCUUUGGCAUCGUGCGUCUGGACAAGUAUUUACCCGCGGGCCAGGGACGUACAAGAUUCCGGGAUUCAGGGAUAUCCCCCAAAUAUUCAAUGUCAGCCUCCUGAAAGACGUAGAAUGGAAGGAUUUGCGAACCAUUCAACGAUCAAGAGGAGUGGGCGAGCCACCUUUGUUCAUGGGAAGCGCUGUUUUCUUCGCCAUUCGAGAUGCGCUGAAAGCUGCUCGGAAAGAGUGGGAGUCGGAAGAAGUACUGCGUUUAAACAGCCCCGCAACUCCCGAGAGGAUUAGAAUAUCUUGUUGUGAUCCCCUCGUUAAAAGGGGAAGGGUGGAGGAUAAGGGUGAUGGUUUCUUUGUUACUAUUUAG